GACGUGCCCUUAUCCUCUUAUCCCAGCAGCCGGCGCCCGCCGCGCGCUCGACAAACUGCCGCGAACUCUCCCGGCCUCACACUCCUUGCGCCCGCCGCGGCAGAUGCCGCUCGCCGGCAUUGCCCUCACGCCCCUCCUCGUCUCACCUCUCGCGCCUUCCCCGCGCCGUAGCCGUGUAGCCACUUCCGCCGCGAGAAGGCCAAGGGCUCUCCAGCGAGCUCGGUGCUCGGCUACAGCCGCUUCCGGUGAAGCCGGUGAGCUGUCGCACGCGACACUGCUAUGGAGGGCGGCGAAGCUACCCAUCUACUCCGUAGCGCUAAUACCACUCACAGUAGGGAGCGCUUCUGCUUAUUAUCAUGCAGGCUUAUUCUUUACCAAGCGCUAUUUUGUUCUCCUGACAGCAGCAGUCCUCGUGAUCACUUGGCUCAAUCUCAGCAAUGAUGUUUAUGACUCGGAUACAGGGGCUGAUAGGGACAAGAAAGAAUCUGUUGUCAGCAUUACUGGCAGCCGAGCAAUGACACAAAAUGCGGCGAACUUUUCCCUUUUCCUCGGCUUUGCAGGGCUACUUUGGGCCUUUGCAGAAGCCAAGGAUAUCAGAUUCAUUUUAUUGGUGAUCUCUGCAAUCUUCUGUGGUUAUGUUUACCAGUGUCCUCCAUUCCGAUUAAGCUACCAAGGACUAGGCGAGCCGUUGUGUUUCGCUGCAUUUGGUCCUUUGGCAACCACAGCCUUUUACUUCUCAAACAGCAGCUUAAAUACUUCGAGCGGAGGAGCGGCUCUUCUCCCUCUCACUAAAACAGUUAUAGCUUCAUCUGUUCUCGUCGGGCUGACAACUACUCUGAUACUCUUCUGCAGCCAUUUCCAUCAGAUCGAUGGAGAUCUCGCCGUUGGAAAGAUGUCUCCUCUGGUAAGAAUCGGCACUAAAGCAGGAUCGCGGAUAGUGUCGAUUGGGAUUGUCAUGCUUUACAUUCUCUUGGCUACGUUUGGGACAUGCGGAUCUCUCCCGCCAUCUUGCAUUGUCCUCUGUGCCCUUACUCUGCCCAUGGGCAAAACGGUCGUGGACUACGUGCUGAAACAUCACGAGGACAACGCGAAGAUAUUCAUGGCGAAGUACUACUGCGUGCGCCUGCACGCGCUGUUUGGGAUGGCACUGGCCUCUGGUUUGGUCUUGGCCCGAAAUGGUAUAUUAGCCUGACAGACAGGCUCAUAGGCGGCGCUGAAAUCCAGGAGAGGGUCCAGAGCACCCUGGAGUUUCAGAAUCAGCGAGCACCCUGUUCCUCAAUUUAUGUUCUGAAUCUGAACUACUUCUGAUUCGACUAUCGAACAGGCCGAUGAGAAUGGGGCGCAGUACUGAGCAGCUGCAGUUUUGCCAAGAAACGGUGGAGGGAAUGGGCCCUAGGAGAAGUAGAACUACUACAGCGUCAGAACUCAGAUGCACACCGGCCCGUAUCGGACGGCAAGUUCGGUGCUCGAGUUCAUUUGGUUCAGCGUCCUUGUACGCUUUGGUCCGCUCUCGGGGGCUUGCUUGCUCGUGCACGGUCAGACUGCCGUUGCGCCGGGGUCCGGGGGAUGCCAGUGUAUGUAUGCAUAUGGAUUGAAUCCCAAGCAAGGACGAGUCAUGCACUCAUGUACAAGCAUUACUUCUGUGCACAGACGACCAUACAGAUUAUAUGAGAUC